CGCGAUACAAAAUGUGGAGAGUCGCGCUUGCUUCAUGCAAUGGCAUUUCUGGGCCCCUCGGAGAGGGGACACCACUUGUCCUGUACCUGUUGCCCCUCCAAGCAGCUGGAGUUCCCUUCUUUGGUGCCCAUCACCAUUGUGUGGGGCUUUGGGCCUUUUACCUGCACUGGGAGCCAUAAAACCCAACGGGUGGUUCUUGUACCACCUCCCUGGGGGGGACUUCCCCAGGCUGCCCCUGCAGGGGGAGGAGAAGGAGGAUGUGUUUCUGGAUGGGGCAGACAAUGGAAACACUCCUUGCAGCCUGUCGAGAUGUGCCAGAAACCUUUCCUGCAUUUUGUUUUCAUCAGGAUAUUAAUGUAUCCCAUUCUAGGAGUGCCCUGCGAACGGAAGGAGCUUUCGAGAGGAGCAGUGUUCAUCAUUUAACUCCCAUGUGUAUAACGGCAGAACGUAUCAAUGGAAACCUUUAUAUCCUGGUAACAAGACAUUCUUUGUGUGUUUCAUAAUGCUUAGCCAAAAUAUUUUGAUAGUUAUGAUGCUAUAGCCUGCAGGAAGGCUCCUCCUCUGCUGUUUUAAAGUGAUUUUUCAGAGACACAAUCAGCUGUCUCCCAAGUUCAAAGGUGUGUUUUGCAGCUGUAGGGUAGCUUAAAAAAAAACCAGUGUGAAUUUAUGGCUGUAGCCUGUGUUGGUCCCAGCUCCUGGGGACCAGAGAGCUGAAAGGCUGGAGGAGGAUGCAAGAGCAUGGUGUGACGGACUGUGCUGGCAGGGAGAGUGGCUCACCCGAACAAGUGUCCUUUGAGCUGGGGCCAUGACUGGCUGCGUUGCAUUUUGGUGACAUUUGUUCACUCCCACACCCUUCAUGUGCUCUGUUGAAUGUCACCAAGAUGCAGUCAGUCAGUUUGGUCAUCUGGGAUGAGCGAUGCAGGACUGCAGAAAUCACUUAGGAGUCAGAAACGGAGAUUUUAUUUAAUUUUUGGGCACCUAACUCCCGUCAAAAUCAAGCAUUGAACAAAAACAAUGACUGAUUUUUUUAGAGCUAUUGGGAACUGAGGAUGCUCCUGAGAGCUGGUUCUUCAGAUACACAGUGCCAUUUGGGUGUCUGAAAAUAGAGAUGGGGUCUAAUACAACUUUCUGGUUUUAGGGGUCUCUGCACAUACCUAAGAACAAUAAUGCUUCGUGAAAUUACUUGUCACCUCCUUUUAUGUGAAACAAGCCCCUGUCUCACCAGCCUUCUUGGCAGGGUCAGUGUGGUAGAACUUGACCCGUGGCAGGCUGGUUAGCUAUAACUACUUGCCUGCUUUUGUCCCUUUCCUAUGGCAAGGUGACAAUUUCUUUAAACAUAAUUGCUCUUCAAGAUGCUUCACCAGAACAGUUACAGUGAAUUGUUUUGUUUUUUAGCAGGCGUUCACAUGGCUCCUGGGGGAAUUGCAGAAUAAUGUUUUGACAUUGAUGCUGUCUUUCUUGGGCGUGCUGGCCAGUGGGUAUAUGACGGCUCACUGGCUGGAGGAGUUCGACAUUUAGCAUUGGGUUUCUGAUGCAAAUGUGAAUUUGUCAGUUGUUUCCUGUGGAUAUUGUAAAAUACGGGACUACUGUGCCAGUGGAUGCAGCCAGCCAGUUGCCUGCAGAAAGCAAAGGGGCGAGUUAAAUCCAACUUGGGUGAAUGUUUAUGGAAAAGUUCUCAUGUUUUAAGCUGCUGUGGUUUUGAAUAUAGUCUUACUUGUGUAUGUAUUGAUAAUAAUGUAUCUGUGCUAAUUUAACUCGUGUAUUCAAUGGCGAUAUGUGAACAUGCAUAUGUUUUUGUGUAAUGUGUAUCACUACUGCAAGUCCUUGCGCAGAUCAGUGGCUGUUGCUGCUCCGGUGCAUCCCCUGGGCUGACGUUAGUGUUGGCAUCACUGGGUGCAUCCGUUCCUGGCAGCAGAGGGGACAGCCUGCCUGUGCAAAGGUUUGCAGCAGUGGGGCUGGCAAAAGUGCAAUCUCCUGUCCAGCCUGAAACACAAGAGAUGGUAGCUUCUGAACUGCUGGCUGCUGUGCAAUUGUGCUGUUGCUGCUGUUGUUUAGCUUGGCAGAGAUUCAUUGACAUUGGUAGGAUGAAAGUGAUUGUGUUUCUGCUGUUUUGAAUAUAUCUUUAUAUCCUUUCCCCUUAGAUGACUAUGUUCACAUUUCUAGCAAGCCCUGUGACCUCCAUUGCACCACUGUGGAUGGUCAGAGACAAUUAAUGGUUCAGGCUCGGGAUGGAACAUCCUGCAAAUACACUGAUUUCCGAGGGGUUUGCGUGUCUGGAAAAUCCGAUUGGAUGUGAUGGCAUUCUCUUUUCCACCCACACCUUGGAUAAAUGCGGAGUUUGCCAAGGAGAUGGGAGCAGCUGCACUCAUGUGACCGGCAGUUACCGGAAAGGAAAUUCUCAUCUUGGCUAUUCUCUGGUAACACACAUUCCUGCUGGAGCAAGGGAUAUCCAGAUAGUAGAACGGAAAAAAUCUGCAGAUGUUCUGGCUGUGGCUGACGAAGCCGGGUACUAUUUCUUCAACGGGAACUACAAAGUUGACAGUCCAAAGAACUUCAACAUUGCAGGCACGGUGUUCAAGUACCGCAGGCCCAUGGACGUUUAUGAGACUGGCAUAGAGUAUAUUGUUGCACAAGGACCAACAAAUCAAGGGUUGAAUAUAAUGGUCUGGAAUCAAAAUGGCAAGAAUCCAUCCAUCACGUUUGAAUACACCCUCCUGAGGAAGCCGCACUCAAAAAGUCUGCAGCCCAUCUACUACACCUUCUCUGAGUCAGACAGUGAAGAAAGCAGAGAGUUUGAUGGAGACGUGCCGUUGGGUUUUAUCCAGCACAACGCAACCUAUUUUGGGAAAAUCUCCAGGGAAAGGAUAGACUUGGAGAACCAGGUGUUUGGAAGGCAGGACACGGAGGAAGAUUUAAACUUGAGCAAAGGUCAGGAAACCAAUGAGGUCUAUGAAAGAGCAGAAACAAUUGACUGUGAGCCAAAACUGAAGGGCAAACAACCCCAAGAUUCAAACGUAACCAGGUCUACUUACCAGACAGACCAUGACGACAGAGACUUGGACCCCAGGUUCACCUCCAGGGAAUUCCUUUUGGAGAACGCCAUCACGGACAAGCUGCUGGACAAGACCUCAGACUCCAAGGAGAUGGUGCUCAACAUGACCAUGAACAGUAUCUUUGCCCAGGGAGACCCGAUCAACUCUGUGGGGUCGCAUAUUGACAGCCUCUAUGUUGACUACGAGGACACUGAUGACGUUGUGACCUACACCAUUAAUAGCACUUACAUGGAGCUGAGCAACGGCAAAGCCAUCAACACGUCUGCGGAGACACCGUUUUCAAAUGCCACUGUCACCAUGACCAGUCCUCAAGGGAACAGAACCCACAAAGCAAGAAACAGAUUGAAGUUGUUAAGAAAGGGCCAAGGUGUGAGUGCUGCUGACAUGUACAGGUGGAAGCUUUCCUCCCAUGAACCCUGCAGCUCUACAUGUACCACAGGAGUGAUGUCCACAUAUGCUAUGUGUGUUCGCUAUGAUGGGAUCGAAGUGGAUGAUACGUACUGUGAUGCCAUGACCCGUCCCGAGCCCAUCCAUGAGUUCUGUGCUGGGAGAGAGUGCCAGCCAAGGUGGGAGACGAGCAGCUGGAGCGAGUGCUCCCGCACCUGCGGGGAAGGCUACCAGUUCCGCAUCGUCCGCUGCUGGAAGAUGAUCUCUCCGGGAUUCGACAGCUCCGUCUACAGUGACCUCUGCGAGUCCGCAGACAUCACCCGGCCAGACGAGCGCAAGGUCUGCAAGAACCCGGCCUGCGGGCCCCAGUGGGAGAUGUCCGAGUGGUCAGAGUGCUCAGCCCGCUGCGGAGAACGGAGCGUGGUGACCCGGGACAUCCGCUGCUCGGAGGACGAGAAGCUCUGCGAUGCCAGCGCCCGGCCCCUGGCCGAGAAGAACUGCACGGGGCCACCCUGCGACCGGCAGUGGACCGUCUCCGACUGGGGACCGUGCAGCGGCGGCUGCGGGCAGGGCAGGAUGAUCCGGCACGUGUACUGCAAAACCAGCGACGGGCGGGUGGUGCCAGAGUCACAGUGCAACCUGGAGACGAAGCCGCUGGCCAUCCACCCCUGCGGGGACAAGAACUGCCCCUCGCACUGGCUGGCACAGGACUGGGAGCGGUGCAACACCACGUGCGGCCGGGGUGUGAAGAAGAGGAUCGUGCUCUGCCUGGAGAUCGUCAACGGCAAGAUCAAGACCCGUAACCCCGCUGACUGCGAUGUCACCAAGAAGCCCGUGGAGGAGACGACGUGCUUCGAGCGGCCGUGCUUCAAGUGGUACACGACCCCCUGGUCAGAGUGUACAAAAACCUGCGGCAUCGGCGUGAGGAUGCGGGACGUGAAAUGCUACCAAGGGAAGGACAUUGUCCGGGGCUGCGACCCCCUGGUGAAGCCGGUGGGCAAACAGACCUGUGACCUGCAGCCCUGCCCCACGGAGCCCCCAGACGACAGCUGCCAGGACCAGGCAGGAACCAACUGUGCUUUGGCCAUCAAAGUCAACCUGUGCAGCCACUGGUACUACAGCAAAGCCUGCUGCCGCUCCUGCCGCGCACCCCACUCCUAGAACCCGGCAGCGCCUCCCUUAGCAAGGGCUCCCUAUGCCAUUUAGUAAGCACUACACAUCCCACAGACUGGUGUUAAGGAUGCUUUUGGGUUGUUUUCAUUUUUUUUUGGUCCCCCCCCCCUACCGAUGCAGAACUACUCUCCUCAUCCCUCUCCUGGGUAGAGGGACAGUGCCGGCACGGCUCGGUGGCGAAGCCCUUACCGCUGUACAUUGGUAGCCCCCGUUAUCAGAGCUGUACAUAAAGUCGUGUAUAUUUGAUUGCCCCCAACUGCAGACACAUGCAUGUGUUUCACAAGGUCUUGUCCUUUUGGUUUCUUUCUUCUAUGCAAGUUUGGGGUUGACGCGGGGAAGGUGUGAACUCCGAAGUGCAAGUUUCCCUUCAUAAAAGGGGGUCAGUGCCUCUCUCCUAAUUUAUCCCCGAGACCUGCACGCUCUCAUUAGCUGCGUUUAACAUGGUGGGAAGCUGGUUUUUGUUUACUAAAUGAACUCGAGCCUGAGCCCUUUUUUUUUGUAAUAUGUAGGUGUAUACUUUUUCAGAGAAUUUUAUCUUAUAAUCAGAUGUUAGUUCCAUAGUCCUUACAACCCGCCCCGUAAUGCUGACAUAUUGUAUAUAAUAUGGAAACAUAACUGCACUUUAUAUCACAAAAAAGACGUGCUCUUUUUUAAUAUAUUUGUUUACAGACAGUGAACUUUAUCCAUAUAAUCAUUAAUUUGUACUCAUAUGUAUAUUUUAAUAAAGUUGUCAUAUUUA